CAUUCGCAUUCCUCGGAGUUGAAUUCGCUGGGAGUCUCUCGGACAUGCGACGCAUCCAUCCAUCUACCGUGCGUCACCGUCUGCGGGUGUCCAGGUUAACAGACUAAUUGGUGGAUUUUGCUUGUUCUUGAGGGUGUUUCUUCUCGUUGGCUUUGGUUUUUGAGGACGUCUGUUUGCGCGGAGAGACUUGAGAGAUCUGUAUUGAAGUAAGUGUCGCUGGCUGGCUGGGAGUUGCCGUCUCGGAGAUAUGCGAAAGGAUGCUUGGAAGCAGUGAGGGCUACAGCAGGUAACCGAUAAGAUGGCAGCCAGGGAAGCGACUGGGCACAGCUACCUGGUGGCUUGCUGGCAGCCCAUCCUGAUCCUGAUGCUGGGCUCUGUGCUGUCCCCAGCCUCCUCCACCGGAUGCCCAUCCCGCUGCGAGUGCAACCUCCAGGAACGCUCCGUAAUGUGCCACCGCAAAAAGCUCAUGACCGUCCCAGAGGGCAUCCCCGCGGAAACCAAACUCCUGGAUUUGAGCAAGAACCGGAUUCGAACCAUCAACCCGGAUGAAUUCGCCAACUUCCCCAACCUCGAGCAACUGGAGCUGAGCGAGAAUACCAUUUCCACCAUCGAGCCCGGGGCUUUUAACAACUUGUAUGGUUUACGGACAUUGGGGCUUCGUAGCAACAAGCUGAAGCUAAUUCAACUUGGCGUAUUCACUGGUCUAAGUAAUCUUACCCAACUGGACAUAAGCGAGAAUAAAAUUGUGAUCCUAUUGGAUUACAUGUUUCAGGAUUUGUACAACCUACGUUCCUUGGAAGUUGGGGAUAAUGACCUGGUCUUUAUUUCCCAUCGGGCGUUCCACGGUCUAAGCAGCUUGGAGCAUCUGAGCCUGGAAAAGUGCAACCUAUCCUCCGUACCUACCGAGGCAUUCACUCACCUUCACAGUUUGAUAACCCUUCGCUUGCGUCACCUAAACAUCAACAUUAUCCGGGAUUAUUCCUUCAAGCGGCUAUAUCGACUUAAAGUUUUGGAAAUAGCCAACUGGCCUUAUUUGGAUACGAUGACUCCGAAUUGUCUGUACGGAUUAAACCUCACUUCUUUGACCAUCGCAAAUGCAAAUCUGACCACUAUUCCCUACGUGGCAUUGCGUCACUUGGUCUACUUGCGUUUCCUCAACCUGUCUUACAACCCGAUCCACACCAUUGAAGGAAAUAAACUCCAUGAUCUUCUUCGCUUGCAGGAGUUACAUUUGGUUGGAGGUAGACUGGCGAUGAUUGAACCCUAUUCUUUCCGUGGGUUGAACUACCUGAAGAUUUUAAAUGUGUCCGGGAAUUCACUUACCACUUUGGAGGAGUCAGCAUUCCAUUCGGUCGGGAAUCUUGAGACUUUAGCCUUGUAUGACAACCCGCUAGCUUGCGAUUGCCGGCUGCUUUGGGUGUUCCGUCGUCGCUGGAGACUUAAUUUCAACCGGCAACAACCUACCUGCGCCUCUCCCGAAUUCGUCCAAGGAAAAGAGUUCAAGGACUUCCCAGAUGUCCUGCAGCCGAACUACUUUACAUGUCGCAAGUCCAGAAUUCGGGAUCGCAAACCGCAGCAGAAGUUUGUCGACGAGGGGGCUAUUGUCCACUUUUCUUGUCAGGCCGAUGGAGACCCAGCUCCGGUGAUCAUGUGGUUGUCCCCUCAGAAAAAAUUCAUCACAACCAAAACCAUCGGACGGAUUUCAGUGUUACCAGAUGGUACUCUUGAGGUACGCUAUGCUCAAAUCCAGGACAACGGUACUUAUGUGUGCAUAGCUAGCAACGCAGGCGGGAACGAUACAUCUCUCGCCCACUUGCACAUUCACAGCUACUCCCCCGACUGGCCACAUCAACCCAACAAAACUUUCGCAUUUAUCUCCAACCAACCAGCAGACACCGGAGCAAACGAAACCCGACCAAACGUCCCCUUCCCUUUCGACAUAAAGACGUUGAUUAUCGCGACUACCAUGGGGUUCAUAUCGUUCCUCGGCGUGGUCUUGUUUUGCCUGGUGUUGCUGUUUCUCUGGAGCAGGGGUAAAGGUAACACGAAGCACAAUAUCGAGAUCGAAUACGUCCCGCGGAAAUCGGACGCUGGGAUGAGCAGCACUACGGUGGAUGCUCCUCGGAAGUUUAACAUGAAAAUGAUCUAAAACUGGAAUAUAAUCGUUUUGGACUUGUCGUAUAAGAAAAAGAGGAAGGCAAGACUCUAUCCUUUCUCUUACAAACCUGUGGAUCCUGGUCUGUUAACAUAAGAAGUAACUUUUUUCUCCUGACUGAAUCACGAUAGAGAGGACUACAUUUCUAAAGCAAGAGGGACCGAUGGUGCGUUCGGUGUUUCAGAGCACAAUUUGUUUUUCACAGCCCAUAAUUACAUCAAAUCAGCUAGAAUCCG